CGUCCAAAGAGGAUCUCCUCAGAGCAAAGAUCUUCCAACUAUGUAGAAUUAAGUUUUGUCAUUUAACAACCAGUGUUUGCAACUAUUUACUGUAUACUUGAAAUCCCUGCUCAUAUUUGAAAGUUCCACAUCUCUAUUGUGUCGUAGGAGACACUGGCUAUUGUUCGAUCUUCCUGUUUUUUAUAUAUUUUUUAUUUUUGAUUGCAUUAGCCCUGAGGGAUGAUAAAAACCUCUUUUAGCUGCGCAGUCGGGCUUACAACUCCUCUCAGUUGGCCUCUAAUGAUAACACACACACGCACGCACAACUGGAGAAGCAGGGGAUUGCCUUUAUUUGGUGCCAGCCUGGGUCAUGUGACCACAAAAUGGUGGAAGCUGUGAGCAGUUUGCAAGCUGAGCAUCUCUACCAAGAGCCUGGGAGGAAAAUAAAGACAAAAAGGGAGAUACAGCUGAAAUCCAUGCUCUGAGACAGAGAAGGACAGAGAUUCCUGUGCCCCAGUAGUGGUCCCACUGGGUGAUGAGGGUAUGGACCUGGCAUCUCACAGUAAGAUGAGCUCAGAGGUGGCCGAGGGCAGACCAGCCCCUCCCAACUCGCUGCCCCUGCAGGGCACGCCGGGUGGCCCCUCCCAAAGGAAGAAGCUCUCCGCCCCGCGUAUCAGCCUUUCACUGGACCAGAGUGAAGACGACGCCCUAGAGACACCCGAUGACCUGGACAUUAACGUGGACGACCUGGAUACGCCUGACGACACAGACUAUCUGGACUACACCGACAAUGAGCUGGACUGGGAGGAACCCCCGACAGCCAAUCGCAACACAUCAAAAGAGCCGUGCGAGCCGAUUCCUACGUGCAGUGCAGCGGAGGAGCGUCAGGAUGCGAAGCUGUGGAGGGCCGUGGUCAUCGGAGAGCAGGAACACCGCAUCAACAUGAAGAUCAUCGAGCCCUACCAGAGAGUUAUAUCACAUGGAGGGUACUAUGGAAAUGGAGUGAACGCCAUAAUAGUGUUUGCAGCGUGUUUCCUCCCAGACAGUGACAGUGAGGACUACCAUGAAGUCAUGGAGAACCUCUUCCUGUAUGUGAUCAGCACGUUGGAGCUGAUGGUGGCAGAGGACUAUAUGAUUGUCUAUUUGAACGGAGCCACGCCCCACAGGAGGAUGCCUGGAAUGGGCUGGCUCAAGAAGUGCUACCAGAUGAUUGACAGGAGGCUCAGGAAGAAUUUGAAAUCUUUCAUCAUUGUCCACCCGUCCUGGUUUAUACGGACCAUCCUAGCCAUCACCAGGCCCUUCAUAAGCACCAAGUUCAGCAAUAAGAUAAAGUACGUGAACAGCCUGGCUGAGCUGCAGGAACUCAUCCCCAUGGAGUAUGUCCACAUCCCAGAGUGCAUCAUUAGCCUUGACGAGGAGCUGAAGGAAGCGGCGCUGAGCUCGACUGUGAGCAGCUUCCUCCAGGGACCUGAGCCGGCGUCUGGGAGACCAGAGUCAAGCCGAUAAAACCAACACGAACAGCUCCUAGACAAAGUGGUGUUCAACACCACUGGAAAUGGAUGGUUGUGGCUUCGCUUCAAAAUGGAAUUUCACAUUGUUUUAGAACUCCUGAAUGUUUCGUACACUAGAAACAGUAAGACUGAUGUACUAUUCCUGUGUGUUUGUCAGACACGGAGACGACUAUGAAAACAGUCCAUAAUCCCUGUUAGCACUCAGACGCAGUAUCCUAUAACAUCACCAUAACAUUAAUCUACAACACCAUUGACAGACUUUAGAUUAGCACCAGGGGUUUCUUAAUCCUGGUCUUUGGGACCCACAGGGGUGCACUGUUUUGUUUCUUCCCAGCACUAACACCUGAUAGCACACCAAGGUUUUGAUGAUUAGUUGAAUAAUCAGGUGUGUGUGCUGGGUUGUAACAGAAUUUGCACACAAGUGGGUUGCCCAGGAACAGUACUAAGAUGCUUGACACUGUAAAUCCACAUACAUGAUAGUUUGUUAAGGACAGAAUAACCAAUGGUCUCUCACAGUACAGUACAUACUUCCAUUCUUAGCAUCAAAGUUAAUGUUGUACUUUGGUAAUAAUGCAUGAGCAGCAGUGAAGCAAUAAUAUAUCAUCCUUUAAAGGUAGACUCAGUGGACUGAUGUGGCCACGAGCAGCACCGCAGAUAUUGAAAGGAGCGAGAUGCAAGACUUGACUUUCACAGUAUCUGUGCAGGUGCACGCUUCACGGUGUCCACAGCAUGGUAGCCACAGCCACAGGACCAAAACAGCGGGGAAGUUUGAGUUUCAUGCUUCAUUGCUCUUAGUUCUUGCGGAAAUUGACCCACGAUGCUGUUGACUUUCUGCAUCUAAAUCACAUCGCUGAGUCUACCUUUAAUGUUAGUCCAUCUGGGAUUUAGACAAGUCAUUAUGUCCUUGAGACAACAGCACAUCAACGAUGGUAUGUCAAAAUCAAUCUGACGUAUCGAUGGCAUGAUAAAACCUAGUCCCCUUAGGAAAUGACCAAGUUACACGUCUCAAUCUUUUUUGUUGUUGAUCUUAUUACUCUGGAUCUUGAUGAAAGUGUUUUACCACUAAAAUCUCUAGAUGUUUUCACGUUGAAUUAAUCUGAAAUACAGAGGAUGCCGUGUGUAACCAUAGAAAUAUAUUUCUGUGUGUAACCAUGUGGUAAUGUGUGAAAACAAGCUGUCAGUAAAUUGUGAGAGCAUGUCCUUUCAGAUACCUGUCCUAUAAGUCGAGCGUGCCGUGUGUGUGUGUGUUGUGUCUGUGUGUUUCCGUCAGACUUUCUACAUAUUCACCGUCUAGGGCUCGUGCUGCACCAAACAGGAUAUGACCUCAGAGUGGGACAGAGAGAGCAGCAUGGGUCGCUGUAAAGCACAAUUUCGCAUCCCACGUGUGGGUGUAUGCGUGUGUGUCAAUGCAUGUUUCCUCAGAAUGAUGACCUUCAACAGUGUGUGUAAUAUGAUGGAACACGAAAUCAAUAAAUUGUUUUACGCUGAGCAA